AUGAUGCUCACAAGUGCCGCCGUCCUGCUGGCUGUGCUGGCCACCGCCGGCGCGCGCGACGCUGUGCCCGUCCGCAUCCCGAUCAACACCGGUACGGAGCGAUACCACCUCGACGGCGCGGUGCGCGAGGCGUGGGCCCGCAGCAUGGGCGCGCACACGGCCAGGCGCUGGCUCAAGCGCCAGGCCGCGGCACCAGGCAAUCUCACUGCUGUGGCCGAGCCACUCGUCAACUGGUCUACGGACAAGCUGUACACUGCCCAAGUGGGCUUUGGCACCCCGCCGCAGUACUUCGACAUGCACCUCGACACCGGCUCGGCCGACCUGUACGUCUACGGCUCGGAGUGCACGGCGUCGGCGUGCUCCAAGGGCGGGCGGUACGACGGGUCCAAGUCGUCGACAUACACCCCGCUCGACCUCCCGCCCGCGAACAUCACCUACGGGGUGGGCUUCACCCGCGGGCCUUGGGCGGCAGACAACAUUGAGUUUGCGGGUAUCCGCGCUGUCAACCACACGUUUGUGCGCGCGCUCGACACGGACGACACGUACUCGACCACCAACAUCUCCGGCCUGAUGGGCUUUGCGUGGCAGAACCUCAGCCACCAGAACGUGCUGCCGUUCUGGCAGGACGUCAUCCAGCAGAUGGCCGACCAGCGCUUCUCGUUCUACCUGCAGCGUAAUGAGAAGUACUCGGACUACUCUGCCGCGGGCGGCGAGCUCGUCAUUGGCGGCACCAACCCGCAGUACUACACCGGCGACUUCAACUACAUCAAGUCGCGCACCGACUUCUGGUCGAUCGGCCUCGACGGCCUCAAGGUCAACGGCGAGUUUGUCGCCACGUCGCCCAACAAUGUCAACCUGGCCUACGCGGCGAUCGACACCGGGACCUCGCUCAUCAGCGGGCCCGCAGAGCAGGUCGCGGCCAUCUACGCCAAGGUGCCCGGCGCCGAGCGCGCCACCGAGCCCGGGUACAAGGGUUACUGGAAGUUCCCGUGCAAAUCCAACUUUACGUUCGCCUUCUCGUUCGGCGGCGUAGAGUACCCCAUCCCGUUCCGCGACCUCGUCAUGUACUCGAGCGGGGAGGAGUUUGACAGCGCGACCUGCCUCGGCUCGAUCUUCUCGCUCGAGGGUCUCAGCGGCGUGAACAGCUGGAUCGUCGGCGACGCGUUCCUCAAGAACGUGUACACCACGUUCAGGUACGAGCCGCCUGCUGUGGGCUUCGCGCAGCUCGCGCCGCCGUACGCGCUUUCGCUUGAUGAGCGGCCGGCCCACAGCGGGCUGAACGGCACGCUCUCGCCCAACGCGACCGUCAUCCCCGUGGCGGGCAACAACAGCGCCACGCUCACCGUCCCCGCCGACGCCCAGGGCGUGGUGUACACUGCGACCGCGUCCGGGCCAGGCAACCCCAACAACACGGCGACGCUCAGCACGUCGUACAGCGGAGUCGCGACGACCAAGGGGAACAUUCAGGUGCUGAGCACGAGCGGGGUGGCCGUGCGGACGACGCAGGCGAUCGGGGCGGCGCAGUCGACUGCCAAUGCCGCGGUGCAGUCUAGCAGUGCGACAGCCGCUGUGGUUCCUACCAAGGCGCAGAAUGUCGUGCUGGCUAACAACCAGGCAUCGCUCCCGACUACUGUGUCGCCUGAGAGCGCCUCUAGCUCCGCGCCGGCCAACAGCAGCACAGGCGUCGUGCUUGCUAGCCCCUCGGCCCCCGCCGGCACCGCGGCCCCAGUGCCCGCCACCAGCCCCAGCGGCGCCAAGCCCCCUCCCAAGUGCCGUCCGAAGAGCAAGCGCGCGGUACGCAAGAGCUUCUAG